CUAGGUUAAUGGAAUAUAAAUACAAACCUCUAUGCAAAUUGUUCACUAACCUGGGGUUUAUUGUGGUAAUUACAAAUUCACAAGUGCAUUUCGGUAGUCUCUAUUUUAUCCAUAUAAAUGAAUGUGAAUUACAAUCUCCCUGGGAAAAGAAGGACGAUGAUCCACUGAUCUAGAAAGGGAGAUCUAUAAUGAGUAUUUUAUGCUAGAGGAUUAACUGAUCUUAGCUGGCUAAUACUGAUUAGGUUAGGCUUUCAGCAUGUAUUCCUUCUUAUACCUGUAUAAUUAUGAAUUAUGAAUAAGACAAGCUACUUUGAAGUGAAAAGGGUUUUGUGAAACAAAAUGCAAUGAGAAUGAUAUCAAUACGUUUCUUUCUCAGCUAACUUGAUGGUAAAAUUAACUGACCACAUCUCUCAAGUUAGUUCAUUAUUCUGUAGGGCUUAAUCUUAGCAUGAGUAUGAGACCUGUGCUAACACAAUCUCUUUGUAACUUAACUCUUAUGAAUAGCAUCUGUAAUCUGAAAACAUUAACUUGUUGAUAAACAAUUCACGAAGAUUUGGGCUUCCAGAAAGAGAUUAACGGCACCAACGUUGAGAGUGUGAGAGGACAAAGCUAUGUUUUUGAAGAGCGUCUGAUGAAAUUGGUUCACACUACGCGUACCAAUACCACAUUCGGAGAAGUGAGGAUUUCGCCAAUUGGUGAAGAAUUAUCGUUGCUGUUUAGAGGCAUGACUUAUAUUGGCAUUUCAGUUGAAAUUUUUCUGCUAAGUAAAGGGAGUUCUUUCAUUUCAUGUUUUGUUGACAUUUGUGAGAACGUGGCUAGAGAGAUCGGCAAUCACAUAUCACUUCAGCACCCUAAUAUCAUUCAGUUUAAGGAGGAGAACUUUUUGAUGAAAUCUGCACUGCCAGCAGAUACAAUGAAACUGAGCAAAAAUGUGGUGUUACUGCCGGCUGGUUCACAUGCCUAUGUCUUAUAUUUGUGGGAAGACAUUUAGUUUGUCUAAUAAUUCCUCUUAUUCUGAAACCACGGGAAGAAAUAGUCUUUCAGCCUUAUGCGAAAAUAAACCGAAAUAGAGGAGGCCAUCUAUGUGCUAAGGUAGGAUCGAUCAUUGUCUGUCCCUUAAAUAAAGUUUUUAGGAAGAGAAAUUUCACAUAAAACUUUUGAUAGAGAAACGUGAUUUCAUUAUGACUUCCUCUGGGAAGAGCUUGUCUCUUUGUUUCUCUGUUCAGUCUUAUAUCUCAAUAAUGUUUGCUCUAUU